AUUCGGAAUCUUAGUUUUUUAUUGUAAUUUUAUUUUUAUUUUAUGCGGAAAAAAAUUCGAAAUACCUCUCCUUCUCUCUCUAGCCUUCGUUCUCUCUCAAACAUCUCUUUCGAAGUAUCCGUUAGAAUCUAAGAGAGAAAAAUCGCCACUAACUGAAAAACGAAGAAGCAGAGAGAGAGAGAGAGUAGUCAUUACAACCUGAAAAGCAGAUGACGUUCCCAAAAACGAUGUCGUUACGCGAGAAGAAUCCGACGAGUCCCAAAUCGCCUCUUCCGAGAAGGAGACGGUCGAGCAGCUGGACCACCUCAUGGCUCAACCACUCGACAACGUCCUUCAAGCAAGUCGUCUCCGCCGUGAUGAUGCAGCAGUCUUCUCAUCAAUCCCCAAGAUCCAUCUCAAAACCCCAAACCACUUCCACCACCGACAUCAACAUCAACAUCGAUCGAACCCUCUCCUUACCCGAUUCCCUCCUCCUCAAAAUCCUCCACAAGCUCCCCGAAUCCCGAAACGACGCCGUUUCCUUAGUCUGCAAACGCUGGCUGAAUCUCCAGGGACGACGGGUACGGACCAUCAAACUCCUCGAUCUUGACUUCCUCUUGUCAGGGAAGCUCCUCUCGAGAUUCCCCAACCUCACCAAUCUCGAUCUGUCCAACGCCUGUGUCUACCCCUCGCGAUACUCACCUAUCUUGCUUUCCCACAAAUCGAUCUCGUUUCGUGUUUCUUCCAAUCGGGACUUCGUUGAGAAGAAUCUGUUACAGAGUGAACUGAUUGAUAGAGGGCUUAGGGUGUUAGGAAGAGGAAACUGCGACUUACUCAAACUCGUAGUGACUAACGCUACUGAAAUGGGUUUGUUAGGUUUUGCUGAGCAGUGUUCUGAUCUGCAAGAGCUUGAAUUGCGCAAGUGCAAUGACAAUCUCUUGCGUGGUAUCGCUGCUUGCGAGAAUCUGAGAGUCUUGAAGCUUGUGGGGAGCGUAGACGGGUUGUAUGCUUCUUCUGUUUCUGAUAUCGGUUUAACGAUAUUAGCUCAAGGGUGUAAGAGGCUUGCGAGGCUUGAGCUUAGUGGUUGUGAAGGUGGGUUUGAUGGGAUUAGAGCCAUUGGGCAAUGCUGUGAGUUGCUUGAAGAGCUUAGUGUUUGUGACCAUAGGAUGGAUGAUGGUUGGGUGGGUGCGCUUUCUUGCUUUGAGAGUUUAAAGACGCUGAGGAUAUCGUCUUGCGGAAAGAUGGAUGGGAGUCCUGGACCCGAGGAGUUGCUGGGUUCUUGUCCGGCUCUGGAGAGUUUGCAACUCGAGAGGUGUUGUCUGAGUGAUAGAGACGGGGUGAGAGCGUUGUUUAAGGUGUGUGAUGGAGCAACGACUGUUCAUAUUCAGGAUUGCUGGGGACUUGAUGAUGAUUGUUUCAGUUUGGCUAAAGCUUUCAGGAGGGUGAGGUUUUUGUCUUUGGAAGGAUGCUCGGUCCUAACAACAGGCGGUUUAGAGUCAGUGGUUCUGCGGUGGGAAGAGCUGGAGAGCAUGAGAGUAGUGUCAUGUAAGAACAUAAAAGACAGCGAGAUUUCACCGGCGCUCUCGUCAUUGUUCUCCCUUCUCAAAGAACUGACGUGGGGACCAGACACAAGGUCUCAUCUCUCAUCGAAACUCCAAGGUGCUGGAAUUGGAAAGAGAGGUAGCAAAUUCUUCAAGAAGAGAUAAUGCGAUUAAAGAUGUGCCCUUAAAGAUGUUGAUGUAGUAGACAAAACUCUUUAUAUUUACUUUGUUGUAAUUGAUAAAAACAUAUUUGUAGAAACUCUUAUGUAUUGCAAUGUUUUGUUAUGUAUAAUUGUAACAAUAAAACUAUUUUCCUAGUAGCAAUUUCAAAUAUUUUAUUUUUUUCA